UGUUCAGAAACGAUCCUGCGAUCCUGCGGAGUUAGCUUUAUUAGCAGCAAGGUAGAAAAAGUGAAAGUCGUUCUUUUUGUUUUCUAGUGUUUUUGUAUAUUGUAAAGUGAUUUUUAAAGAUUUGCUCAUGUUCUCGUUUAUGCUAUGCUAGUAGUUUUAGUGGCAAUAAAGCUAUAGGAUUUACAAAGCAUUUGUAAAACAUGAUCCCAACUGCUGCUCUAUCGACGGAAACUACUUGACAAGAUGGAGAACCUAAAAUGCUUUAAUGUUGAUCUCAGCGAUAAUUAUUCAUCCAAAUCAGAACCUUUGUUUCAAGGUUACUAUUCUUUGGAUUGUGAGUUGAAUGAACUCACAUCUACUUUCGAGGAGUUGACAAUCGACGUCAAAGGCAUGGUGAAAGAGCUGAAUAAAAGCAGCAAACGUGACGUAAACUCAAUUCGCCAAGAUUUCAUUCGCAAUGGCAUAGAUUCUGCUAUAGUGACACAAAUUCACAAUACCAGCCGACAACCACCACCAGGCUUCGGGAUAUCAAAAUGGCCAUUGGCUAAUUUGGAGAACCAAUCUCCUAUCGCUAAGUAUUCCUCAUUGCAUGAGAAAAUGGACGUACAAGCGGGCACAUCAGAAAAAAACGAAAUCAAAUCGACCAGGCGUAAGAGAUCACCCAAAGAGAAUGAAGACUAUUGCGUCUUUUGUUACAACAACCGCGAGAAACAGGAAACGUAUUUGGAUCACUCUUGCCGCGACGAGGAAGGCUUCGUCGUGUGCCCAAAACUGAGAAAGUAUGUAUGCCCAUAUUGCCAGGCAACAGGAGACAUGGCUCAUACCAAGAAGUACUGCCCCAAGAAACCGAUCAUUACGCCAGAUGAUCUUCAAACCAUGGCUUCACCAUUCGUUUGUCAAAAUGUUUCCCGCCGGAAUCGGAACAACCAUGGCAAAAGAUCAUUACGGUUCUAAUUACAUUACGUGUUUCUGAAAAUUUCAGAAUCAAAUGUUGACUGAUUUUUGAUUAUUUUUUAUGAAUUUUAACCGUUUCGAACAAUGUGAGAUGAAGGGGUUAUUCGAGUUUUUUAUGUUAAAAAAAAACCUAAAUGGAAAUUGCGUUUGGAAACGUGUCGAAAAAUUAUGUGCUAUGUGCAGUUGAAUCUGCGUUCUGAAUUAGGGAUAUAAAGUUCGUGUUCAAAAUUUCGUAAAUUUUUAUUUUAAGGAAUCAUUACAGUUGUCGAAUGUCAUGUCA